GUUCUUAAGAUGACGAUCCUGCUGUUGUUUUUGCUUUGCCUCUGGGUUGUACUGAAACACUGAGGCAUGAUGGGUGUGCUGUUGUAGUUUCAUUUUUUGUGGCUCUGGUUCUUGAUAGAGUCAUGCUAUCUCCGCUCUUUUGUGCUUUUUUGUGUAUGGUAAUGACAAUUAGGAAGUUUGUCCUGUGGCUCAUGGCUGAUCCUGGUGCUGUGUUUGAUUGACUGGGUCAUGGUAGUACUGCUGAAUGGGCUUUGGUCGAUCCGGCGGAGAGGAAGAACAAAAUGGCAUGGGUUCAAACCAGAGAGUUUAAAGUGUAUGAACAUGGAGGACGAAAUACAGAGAUCUGUAAACAAUUUACAAGGAAGAUUGAAGAAAAAGGAAAUUGUAAAGUAUCAGUUCGUACUGACAUUACGUCUUUUCUCUAUGUUCAUGAAGUUACCCGGGUUUUUCAUGACAUUAAGAGUGCACUGAAUAGUGCUGGAAAUAUCAAUUCCUAUGCUGCUGUGGUUAUAUUUAGGAAAUUAACACAAUUUGAAAAACCAGACUCCAGUGAUCUCGACUCCACACCCCGGCCCUUGGGGAUCCCUAAUGAGUUACCCAUCGUUGCAUGCUACUGGUUUGAAAAUAACUGUAAGCAACAACUGUGUGACUGUGAGGAAAACAAGAAGUCUGUGAAGAAGCUUGUUCACUUAAUAAAAGGAGAGCCACAAACAGACACGGCCAGCGGGUUGCCUAGCAGCCAGUCAGGCGCACAACAUGCCUUCAGAUCGGGUACAGUGGGAGGACAGUCAUAUGCUCCCGCAAGAGAACCACCGAGACCAGAGCCACUUCUCCCUAAUCCAUGGCGUGAAGUUGAAUUUAGUGAUGAUGCUUAUAUGAACCUUCAAGAAGAAAUAAAAAACCACCAACCACAGGCUUCCACAAGAAACAUUCUUAUUUCGGGCAGUGUGGGUUCCGGAAAGUCAAGCUUUCUAAAUUCUGUGCUCUCAGAACUCAGGAGAGAAGAACUCAAUGGCAGAGUGCAAAACAUUGAAGCAGCGAGACCAGGUGAAGAAACAAGAGUCACACAACGUCUAAGAUGCCACACAUUCAAUGACAAGAUCAAAAUCUUUGAUACAGCAGGAUUUAAAUUGGAGAAAACAGGAAAUGCCACGAUAAUAUUAAAGAAGAUAGAUGGUGAAGUGGCUGAAGACAUAAAGUUUGACGAUAUUCUGAAAACAAAAAGCUCAAUGGAAGGAGACAAAAUCCACUGUGUUGUGUUGGUUAUAUCAAUUCAUACCGCUGAAAAUCUGGCCUUGAUUCAGUUUUAUGAAGAAUUAAUUGGAAUGCUCAUAGAGACUGGAGUACCAUGCCAGCUGCUUGUUACACUCGAUAAACUUGUUGAGAAGACUGAGGAUUUGAAAGAUCUGUACAGGAGAAGAGAUAUAAAAAAAAAGAUUGAAAUGUUAGCAAAGGAGAUGAGAAUUUCAAUGAGCAACAGCCUUGUGGUUUCAAACUACGAGGAGAUGGAAAUUAACCAAAUAAAAGGAACUCUGCUGUUGGAGGCGUUUGCUCAAAUACUGACGGCAGCAAAAGUCUUUCAAGAGAGAAUGUAGAGUAUCACCUGUCACACCUGAAGCACGCUGAGCCCAUUAUUCAAUUGGUUAAUUGAUUGCUAAUUGGAGAAUAAUCAGUUGGUAUAUAGGGAAGUUGAUUACUUUGUUUGGAGAGAGACUAGCAGCAGCAGGAGGCUGUGGUCCCAGAUACAAGAAGUAUCACCCAGUCAGCGCGCUCACAGAGUUGCUUUUUGUAUUCAUGAAAAUUCAAUCAUACUUAUUGUACACUUUGUUAAAUCCAUUUCUAAACUGUCAGCUUUGCAUAAACAGAAAAAAUGUCAAGAAGCAGCUUUGAAUUAUUAAGCAUGUAAUCUACUGUUUAAUCUAUCAUUUUAUGAAAACAUGAUUAAAAAUACUCUACUUGAGUACUCUUGUUUAAAUCUAGUUCUAACGUCAAUUAAUGAUCUUUGAAUUAAUCAGCAAUAACCUUUGCAUUAUAUGCUGGAAGUUCCUUUAACCUGUUCCUUAUUAAUAACAGCUGAAACUUACAGCUUACAGAUACUCUGCAAUAAUGUUAAAGACUGGGGAAAAUGAAGAAUGUAAAUCACAGGUGAACAUGAGUCUUAGUUUUCAUAACAUCAUAAAUGAAAUGUGAAUGAUGUUUUUUGAAAUAAAUAAAUAAAAUCUGCCUUUGUUUGCUAUUUACGCAGCACUUUCACUCAUGUUUGCUGUUGCUAUUGUAUUGUAUUGUAUUGUAUUGUAUUGUAUUGUAUUGUAUUGCAUUGGCCAGUCUGUCUAAUAAGGGGGCUCAUUCAAACACCUUUCAGAUGUAUUAACUUCAGGAUGUUCACAUUACUAACCACUGUAUUUGAAAAUCCUAUCUCAUACAUUUCCCAUGUACUGUAAUAUAGCUUCCCUUAUAAAAUGGCUUGGAUAAAUUAAGUGCUGUGAUUGGCUGAACAAGAUCACAUGACCGUGUGGUAAUAAUUGUCUUACCGCACGGCUAUGACAUCAUAGACCAACUUACUUACCUGAUCUAUUAAUAUUACUACGCCUUAAUAGUAACAAUGAUCUAAACAGUGUUUCUGUAGGUAAAAAUAUCAACAUACAACUGAAACAGCAUUUAAAUCACUCAACAAUCUUUUUUUUCAUCUCUGUCACUUAGAAUUACAGAAAAAUUGGCAAAUAUACUGUGGUAUUUAUUUAGUCAGAGAACAGAACAAGGAAAACUCUGAGGCAAAAGACAUCUGAGAAAUCACCACGCAAGUCUCACUCUGCAUGUAAUAUAUACAGUCACCUCCAAAAUU